UGUACAUGAAUUUGCUUCGAGAAUGACCUGAAAUUUUCUUCUUCUCUCUCUAUUUCUCACUUGUGAAAUGGUGCUAGGGGAAGCCAAAAAGUCUAAUUACAAGCAGACUUUACACAUGAGGAGGAACUAUCUCGGGAAAACAUGUAAAUUACACUAUGAUGCUGCACCCCUGAAAGUAGUAAGGGCGUCAAAACAGUAUAUGUACGACGAGUCUGGGACUGAGUAUCUGGACAGCAUCAACUGCUGUGCCCAUGUCGGCCACUGUCAUCCCCAUGUGGUGCAAGCAGGCCAGGAGCAGAUGGCCAAGUUGACUACCUGCAAUGGAUUUCUGACAGACCAUCAGUCUAUUUACGCCAAGAAGUUGAUUGAGACAAUGCCUGAUCAGCUUUGCGUGUGCUUCUUCGUCAACUCUGGAUCUGAAGCAAAUGACCUUGCAAUAAGGCUUGCUAGAGCUUACACCAAGAAGGAGGAUCUCAUCAUCAUCGAUGAGGCCUACCAUGGUAACCUUGGGAACACAUAUGACAUCAGCCCCGUCCGAAUCAAAUCAAAAAAUCCUGAUUGGAAAAAGGAAUGGGUACAUACUGUGCCCUGUCCUAACACAUACCGAGGUCUUUAUCGGGAAAGUGCAGCUAAUGUGUCUGAACGUUACUCUAAUGAAGUGUUCAAGGAAAUCAAGAAGGCUGCAUCAAAAGGAAGACAGGUUGCGGCUUUUAUAUCAGAGCCAUUAAUGGCAAUGGCUGGUGUUGUCAAUCCACCACCGAAUUACCUCAAGCAAUGCUACAAGCACACACGAGAAGCUGGAGGACUGUGUAUAGCAGAUGAAAUCUUGGUUGGACUUGGGAGAGUUGGUGAAUAUUGGUGGGCAUUCCAAGCUCAUGAUGUAGUGCCUGAUAUAGUUACUAUCGGGAAGCCCAUUGGUAAUGGCCAUCCAAUGGCUGCUGUGGUCACCACACCUGAGAUAGCUGAUACCUUGGACACCUUUGCUAGCGGAUAUGGAGGGAACCCUGUUUCCUGUGCAAUAGGCCUUGCUGUGCUGGAUGUGAUUAGGAAUGAGAGACUGCUGAGCAGCGCCAGGUCUGUGGGGAAAUGUCUAAUUGAUGGAUUCAGAGCAAUAUUGCCUGAUCAUCCAAUGAUGGGAGAUGUGAGGGGUAUAGGUAUGGUCGUUGGUGUAGAAUUAGUCACUGAUAAAGAAAGUAGGAAGUCUGCUACUGAAGCAACAGAACUCCUCAUUUACAAAAUGAAAGAGCACAAAAUCCUCCUGAAUAGCGAAGGGUAUGACAAGAACGUGAUCUUGCUUACGCCACCUUUGUGCUUCACAUGUGACAACGCCCGACGUCUCAUCCAAGCUUUUGGUACUGUGUUGUCCGAGAUAGAACGUGGUACGGGAUCGUUGCCAACAGGUGUAGGGUCUGAGUAUAUCAUGAACACUGGAGACCAGAUAAGGGUACCCCUGAGUAUCGUACUAGGCGAUGCCAAAAUAGACGAUAGUGAAGGCAGUGAUGGUGAACCGGGUGAUAAACGGGCGAGAUAUGACGAUCUUGACUGAGGCCACUGCAAUUUUAAAAAAUCUGUGCCUAUUCUGAAAUCACUUAGGCCGGAGAGGUCAGUGUAUUGGUUGCAUUGUCAUGUGUCUGUUUUAACGAAUAGAGCCCAGUUGCUCAGUGGGCUUAAACACAAUGCUGCUAUUUCAAAUGAAUUUACUGAAAGAGGUAACUCUUACAUGUAUUUGACCUGACACUGGCAUUUGUCUCUAAAUGCCCAUUUAGUUUUGUUUGUGAUUCUUUGUUGUCUGUCAAACUUAAGCUGUUUUGUUAGAUGGUCAAUUUAUACCGUGAUUUUAUCAUUUCAUAUCAUUGAAUGCGCAUUAAUUUAAGUUUAUGGAAAUAGUACCCAUUAAUUUUCCGUUGUAGGUCAGUUAAGGCUUCUGUAAAAUCAGUUAUUUUUUGUGGGGGUUUUAUUUUUGCAAGGUCGUUAGGAAUAUGAAAACCUCAACAGGGUAUUCCAAUUCAACAGUAAAAAAUACAGAAUAUCGGACUGUUGUAAUGUGAAAAUGAUUAAAAAAUAAAAUCCUUGCCAAAGAAACUGAUUUUGCUGUAUUUGUUUCGUACCAAGUGUACAAAUGUUUGCUUUGAAAAGGAGUGACUUCCAAAACAUGUCUCUUCCACAUAUCCUUUUGUUGUCAUUUUGCUCUUGUAUACUUGAACUUGUUCUUUUCUAAAACAGGGAAAUUUUUCUUUGCUGUUGAUAUCCCUGAAACCCGGAGGCGGACAGUUUAUCACUUUCCUACCAAUGAGAAAAUAGCCACAAGCUACAAUUGCUGGAAAAACUUUUAAAAUAAUUAUUAAUAAUUUAAAAUAACAGUUGAAAUAAUCAGAUUGACAAGAUAAUGUACUUCCAAUUAUGUUUGAGAGAAUGAUGAGAUUGCCGUCCUAUAUAGUUCUGAUUUCAAAUGAUUUUUGUUGUAAAAGUUAAGUAAAUGUAGACAAUCUGUGAUACUUGUUUUCCAAUGAAGUACAUAUUUAAAUGAAAAAAGUAAAAUGACUUGAGACAAGGAUCAUCUGUAAAUAGUGGAUUUUCUGUGAUGCCACAAACGCUGUCAAUUCACCAUAAUUCAUCUGCAAGAAAUUUGAUAACGAUAAUAACAUUUAUCAUUCUUCUUGGCCAGGACGAUGCUCGCUUAUAUAUUUUUGGUAAAAUGUAUGUGAAACAAAGAAUUGUGUACUGGUAAAAAUGUUUCUGCAUGGGUAAAUUAUAUGAAUAAAUUAUUGUUUUAUU